CACGCCGGCAAAUAGAGCUGUUUCAUUGGACAGGUUUGCUAACGUUAAAAGGGGCGUGAAGUUUGCUGCUAGCGGCUAACUCCUGUGUGAUUAUCUGGGGUCCUGUUCAUUUUCGGCGGCACCCUGCAAAAACGAAAGGAAACUUUAGAGCGUUUUAUAUUCACAUCAGACACAGUUUAGUCUACUUGUGUGUGCAGUGUUACAGUGAUUGGCGCGAACAUGCAGCGAGGUGUUUCACCGGCCUCUGUUUGACAUGGCAUUGUGGCUACUGACGUUCAUGCUAACUUAGCUUGUUAGCCCGGCUGUUGCUGGACCCGCGGAACUAGCGAUAAGGAUAGCAUAACACUAGCUGACUUUAGCUAGCUGUGUUGUAUUAGCAGGGGGUAUACUCGCGUUAUUAGAACCACUACAACAGCGUCGGUAGAUUAACGUCACCUACGUUGGAUUUGAGGUCAACAUUCAUUUUGUGCUUUAACCAACUAGGAGUCUAGCUCGACUAAAGUUAGCAUAUUUGACCCGCUAACAUGCUGUGUUAGUUUGGUAGCGCCCCAGUCGUCAUCCACUGCUGCUUUGCACCAGCAGACUCCAGGGUCGGUAGCUAGCAGUUACCGGGCAUUGUGCGGUAUGUAGCCAUGGCAUGCUAAACAUCCAUCUGUAAAGUUUGUGACUGGUCUUAACGUUACAGACAAGGCUAGCACAGGCCGGUCCAGGCUGACUGUAUAGUUGUGAUAUGUAGAGUUGUAAAGAUAAGGUUGUUAUUUUUAAAAGCCAAAGUUAAGUUGUUCAAACGGCAAAUAUACAAACGAAAGGGCCGCACAUAAUACUGUGGGUCACCAUAGUUCGCUUGCUAGCUUGUCUUACGUCAGGUCUGUUAUCUGAUUGAUUGAUGUUUUUUAAAUCAUGUAGAAAACAAUAUAUAAGACAACUGAAACAAUGUAACGGCACCGAGCUGGUUAGCCAUUUUGAUUUCAAGAACUGGUGACGGGGUAGCGUUAGCUUACAAAAUGAACAACUCAGGAGUCAUGCCACAAGAAAAGAUGGAGCUCGAUCUGGAAAUCCCAUCUUCGUUGGUUCAGACGGAUGGACACUUGAGAAGAUCCAACAGUGCACCCAUGAUAAAUGGCCUAAGUGAUAACUCCCAGGUUUUCCAGAGGGAAGUCCUGCGAAGCCGGAGGAAUAGCACUACAGUUGUCAACAGGCCUAAUAUGGUUCCCUCAUCACCCAUUCGAGUACCCAGCACAAGGCUUCAUCAGAUAAAACAAGAAGAGGGUGUUGAUGUGAUGAACAGAGAAACUGCUCAUGAGCGGGAAGUUCAAGCUGCUAUGCAAAUGAGCCAGUCCUGGGAAGAAAGUCUUAGUCUGAGUGACAAUGACCUGGAGAAAUCGGCAUCCUCGUCUCCAAAACGCAUUGACUUUGUGCCAGUGUCCCCGGCCCCUUCCCCAACCAGAGGGAUAGGGAAAAAGCAGUGCUUCUCUCCUUCACUACAAAUCUUAGUGAGCAGCAACGGCCUGACACCAAGCCCAAUACCCAGCCCAACACGGCGCUUCAGCCGACGGAGUCAAAGCCCAAUCAACUGUAUCAGAGCCAGCAUACUGGGACCAAUCAAACGCAAAGGAGAGAUGGAGACGGAGAGCCAACCCAAGAGGCUGUUCCAGGGUACGACCACCAUGUUGUCCUCUGACGUCUCCAACCUGUCAGAUCUUAGCUCCUGUCACUCGCCAGAUCUACUUGACGGCAGCCUCAGCAGUGUCGGCUCCUCCACAGACUCCCCAGGCAAAAUGGAGGGAGUGUCACCCUCAUCGUCCAGCAACUCGCCCUUUGCUUCCCUCCAGGAUUUGUCCCCAAAGUGAAAAGAGACACUAAAAAGGACUGAAAGAGAAAGCCGUCUUUCGUCCUUAAUCUCACUGUCUCUCUGUUUCCAUCUCUGACCCUCCACCUUACAUCACUUAGAUUUAGUUAAGUGGAAUUCUGUGUUUGCUUGUGAAUGGCUAUGAUCAUGGCUACACUAUGGAGGGUCAAGAUGCGUUUUCAGGAAACACAAGCCACAGAUGAAAAGCUGUUUGUAGAGUUGAGCCUAGUUAAACAGGCCAGGACUGAAUACACUGUGAGCACCAGCUGCUAGUAGAGGAUCAUCCACGGUGCUUGGCUUCUUAUGGUUUCACAGUGGCUUUCCUGCAAAUCAGUCACUGGAGAGAGACGUCGAGCACUGGACAGAAAAAAAGGACAAUUUGGAUGUGUAUAUUUUCUUGUUUUGUGCUGGAAAACCUUUCCACAGGCUUCUAUGUACACAGUUUGCAGAUUUUUGUAAGAAAAGAUUUAACUUAUUGUUUUCCUGCUUCAUUUGUAAUUAUGUACAUACAGUAUAUAAACUUGUCAAAUGUCGUACAUAGUUUUAAGUUUGUGAUCGGCUGCAAGGUGAAUGAGGACAAGUCUCUACCGGCAGAUGUUUUCUUUAUAAUGGAACUACUCCUCAGCUACAACUGGAGGUUUCCUUAGUGUUUUACUGUAACAACUGUGUUUUCAGCAGACAUUCAGAAUAGUUUUUAUGCCAGAGGCUAUAAACUGUGGAUUUUUCCGUUUGCCUUGUGUGCCCCGCUCCCCCCUGACUUUCUGCGAGUUUAAUCGCUACAGGUUUGAGGGACUAAAAGCACCUCGCAGUUAAUCAUGGGAAAAAUCAAAUGGUCGUCACUGUUGAUCUGUCAACACUAAAGGCUACUUCUUUAUGCUUCUGUUAGGAUGCUAUUGUAGAUAUGCAGAGUAUUGAAAUGUACUCUUUCUAAAAUGCCUUUUGGCAAAGUGUUAUUUAUGGAGAUGAUGUUUAUUAUGAGAAACUGGAUGGUGUUACUAUCCUCAGUAACUGUUUAUGUUGUCAUUUACACAGCUUUAUACAGCUGACUGCAUGGACAUGCAGCAAAAUGAACCAGUACCAUUACAUUGUGACUAAAAUGGCCUCUGCUGUGGUUACAUUUAUAAGAGCUUUUUGCACAGGCUACUCAAUCCUGUGACGUUUGAUCCUGUGUUCAGUCUUAAGCAGGGAAGAGCUUGACUCUUUAAAAAAAAAUUUAAUAAAAGAUGAAUGGAAUUCGAGUAUGCGUACGUAAUGUAGAGGUUAAGCCUGUACUGUGAUUUUUGCACCUGAAUUUGCUUUUGACUGUCGUGGCCCCGGUGUCCCCUGUGUAACUUAACGGUCUGAACCCCUUUUAUGGCUCUAUAGCCUGUAAUGUCUGUGUACAAAGGCAAGGACGUGAUUGUAAAUCAUUUUACAGAAGUGUGCCCUUUUAAUUUAAAGAAGCGUGGUUGCAUUUCAUUUACUGAAUGUGUUUUUUUUUUUUCCCCCAUUUUAUACAAAUUUAGAAAAGGCAGUUGAUGUGCCCUGCUCUUAAUGAGAUAUAUUUUCCGAGAUGUCUUUUUUUCAGUCGUCUUUUGAAAUGUUCAGGGCAUGAGUAAAACAAAUGUUCUACUAUACUGUAUGUCUGUAAUGAAAGGCUGUAAUCUGCCAAGCUGGCUAACAUCUUGCCUAUGCUUGUGUCUUUUGUGAUUGGACAUCAGGACUAAAUAAAUUAUUUCUUUAUUA